CAGGAGCCGUUUUAAAAGAGGAGGAAAGCAGCAGUGCUCAGACAGAGAGCAGCUGAAGCUGACUGGACUGCAAGAGCAGCAGCAGCAGCAGCCCGGAGAACAGAUCAUAGGCAGUCACCUUAAGAUCUAUAGGCAAGUUCAAGCCCCAGUCUGACCACUGCAUCCGAUCAAAGAACAAAGACAAGAAGAGAAAGCAGGUUAUCCAAGUGAGGUCUUCCUAUCAUGAAGCUCUUGACAGCAGUUUUCCUCUUACUGUUCAUUGUAAUCUGCUUUACCAGCAUAGAAGGAUCAAAAUGCAAAUGCUCAAGAAAGGGCCCUAAGAUAAGAUUCUCUGAUAUACAGAGACUUGAAGAGAAGCCAAAGUAUCCAUAUUGCAAGGAAAGAAUGAUCAUUGUCACAAUGAAAUCACGAUUUAGAGGAGGCCAUCAGUACUGCUUGCACCCCAAACUCCCAAGUACAAAGAGAUUACUUAAGUGGUACACAAUAUGGAAAGAGAAAGAGAGAGUUUAUGAAGAGUAGAAGGUAAACGCCUGGUACAAGAAAUGGAAUUCUGUGGCUGGUGUCAGGAAAGGAGGGACAGCAGAGGAGAUGACUUCUCACAAGACAUGACACAAAUUCUAUAUUGUUAUAAAGCACUUUUUACCAAGGAUCACAUUUUACAUUUUAUAACUGUAAAAAAAAAAGCUGCCAGAUUUCAUAAGUCUCUUUUACACACUAGAUUUCAUACAUUCCCCAUCUGUAGUGAGAAAUCUCAUGAAACAUAAACUUCAUUUUAAUUUUUUUAAGCAAAAAGUAAAAAACAAAAAAUAUAUAACUAUCUUUAUUUGAUAGCGGUUCAUAUAUCUCUUAUGAUUGGAAAUUGGGCUUUAUAAGCUCAUUCAUUGAAUCAUAAUUUGUACAAAGGUGUUCUAAAAUGGUGUCUCUUCUUUGGCAAUAGGGCAUCUUUGUAUGCCAUUGUGAAGAUUUUUUAGAAAUAGAAUACUGUAAGACAAGGGAAAGGCUAUGGUACAAUUUGCUCUGUAGAAUAUAAUACGUGGUACAGUGACCUUUCAGAAAUAAGGUCUUUCAGUAGUUGUAAACUGAAUAUAAGCUGUUAAUCCCUUCAGGGGAUAUAGCAUACAAUAUGCUACCCCUUAAUUUUUCUGUAUGGGAAAAAUAUUUCUAAAGCUGUUUUAAUAAUUUUUUAAAAACCACACUUUUGUUCACCCAAGGUUCUUAUGAAAUAUUUGCAGCUUCAGUAUUGAGAUAUUUUAAGCUUCAGGAAUAUUGUGUAUGGUUCCUUAGAUUGCUAGUUUGAAACUCUCAAAAAUAUACCUUUUUAUGGGGGGGGACCCCUCUGAUAGGGGGAUGGAUUGAUAAAUUUUAGUCACAAAGCAACAUCAUUAUUUUGAAUGUAAUACUUUCAGUGGUAAGCAGUGCAUUCCUCUUUUUAAAAUUAUAAAUAACAAAACUACCUUUUCAAUUGUAAAUAUACUAUAGGAGAUUUCCCUAUAUUAUCUUUCAAUAUAAUGUAUUGUACUGCUAAAUUAUCAUAUGCUAUUUAAAUGUUUGAAAUAUUUAGGAAGUUGCAUGCAGAUUUCAUAUUUCUUUCUAUGACACAUGGAAAAAUAAGGAAUAAAAUACAUUUAAAAGGG